AUGUCGUUGGUAAUCGAACGUGCCCGGAGUGCUGCAAACGCACUGGUUGUCGUCGGUGGCAUAAGUGUUAUGAACGGCUUCCUGGCUGGCUGCAUUCAAGCCGAAAAGUCUUACACCAUGCAACACUACACCAAUACGCACUGGAUUACGACCGUGUCAAUAUUCGCGGCUCUGUCGGCCACAUUCCUGCGUUCAUUCACCACUCUGUCGCAUUCGUUGAUUCUGAUGAUCACAACGAAUCUGUUUGCGAUCACUGUGGCGGCUGCAGCGGCGAUCGCUGAUGCCUUCAAUGUGCUCAUCGUUCUGAGAGAUUUUCAAGCGAUCCUGGCCAAUGUCUACUUCUCAAAGAUACAAGUUUAUGGUAUGAUUGGCUACAGUAUGCUUGAUUUCUUGUUGUGUUGCAUUACGGUAGUGUUGAUUGCAACGAUCCUGGGUGCGUGCAUCGGCGGCAUUAUUGAGACGAGAAUUCAACUGCGUUCAUCGUGGAUGCUUUCACUGGGCAUUUCACUGAUCGUUGUUUCGGUGCUGAAACUAUUCGCAUGGCUAUACGAAUUGCACUGGAUUCGCAAAUUUGGUGACCUGAUACGGUACACCUUUUUGCAUUAUACAGUUGAUGAACCAAUAUGGAUUGCGAUUAACCUCAUGACAGGUAUCUUCUGUACGUUGGGUUCUCAAGGCGGUACACUGAUCAGGACUGUAUCGUUUUGCCUCAGCUCGCUGAGCAUACAUUCGACUGUGAUGUCUAUUUGGACCGACUAUCGAUGGUUUUCGAAUGCUGUUUUGGGUUCCAAAACUUAUGUAAUACACUUCGGAAUUGAUCAUUUUCAAUUGCUUGCAGCAUUCAAAAUUGUGGCUGGUAUGAGCUCCGUUGAGCACUCACCUGGUACAUUGCUGUUUUUCAAUUUAUCACUUGGCGUUGCUCAUGCAAUCAUACUUAUCAGCCUAUCGAUCAUUCUCAUCACUUCUAUCGGUCAAGCGAUCGAAUUGAAGCUCUCUUCGAGAGUUCGACUUUUCUUCUUCUCUUCAAGUGUUUGUGCGGGUUGUAUAGCCGUUGUGCUAUUGCUGAUCGAUAUUAUAUCAGCGAGUGUUGAGGCGUUCUAUCGAAUGUUCCAUGGUACCGAGCAAAAAACACCAUUUCUGGUUUUCAUGAGUGCCAUUUUCAUGCUAUUAUCCACACGCUCACCGACGAACAAUUUUAUUUUGCCUGCACUGUACGAAGUCACCUCAUUGCUACUGACCAUACAAUCCACAUGUUUCCUGCUAGUCUCAUACAACUAUCUCUCAUGGAAUGGAUAUUUCUCGGAAGAACUCUGUGAACUGUUCUUCCACGGA